AUGAACUUCUUCGUCAUUCAAGAAUCUCAAACUAUACAUUCUCUUCGAUCAUCUACAAUAAAUCAGUCAGUCGAACGAGCACAGAGAUAUUCUAAUAUAAUCCACGUCACUUGCAACUGCAAUCUUGCCGCGCAAACUAAAUCAUCACUGACUCACUCGCAAGCUCAAAUCAAAGAACACUCUUCUUCUUAUUUCACCGCGGACGGUCCCCGGACGCCGCCAAAUGCUUCUCGUCUAUUUCCGCCGCCCGUCGAACGCGAAACGCUGUUCUUCCUUUCUGACGUAGAAUUUUCCCCAAAUUGGAAAAAUCAGGCGAAUAUAAACAGAAAGAAGUCUGAUUGUCACAAACUCCUCAUCAUUUAUGCUGCCUAUAAGAAUCAACAAUUAAAUAAAUCUAUGUUUUGCCAAUAUCUAUCCACCACAGUCUGUCCAUAUCUCAUUCCGUUCUUAUCUUUUGCAGUCAGUUCAUAUCUAUUACAAUUUUUUCAUAUUUAUCCAUAA